AUGGCUCGAAUUGUAACAUCCGGAGACGUCGACAAGCUCCGCUCUCUCCUGAGCGGGACGGAUGCGAAAGUCCUGGCUCCCGCAGACGAUGGCUACGAAAAGGCCAUCGAGCGCUGGUCCAAAGCAGCCGAAAAGCCAGCCGGCGUGGCCGUCGUUCCAACGGACGCUUCCCAAGUAUCAACAGUCGUCCAGUUUGUCGCGUCGGAGAAACUCGACCUCGCCGUCCGCGGCGGCGGGCAUUCCACGGCAGGCCAGAGCAGCACCAACGGCGGUGUCCUCAUCGACCUCCGCGGAAUACGGCACAUCGCCGUGGACCCCGCCAGCAAGACAGUGAAAGUGGGCGGUGGCGCCAACUGGGGCGAGGUCGACGCCGGGCUGGCCAAGCACGGCCUUGCCACUGUUGGCGGGACCAUCUCGGACACCGGGGUUGGCGGCCUGACCCUCGGGGGUGGGUAUGGCUGGCUGACCGGCAAGCAUGGGCUCACAAUCGACAACCUCCUGGGUGUCACGAUCGUCUUGGCCAAUGGCAAGAUCACCAGGGCGUCCAAGGAGGAAAACCCCGAUCUAUUCUGGGCUGUGCGCGGGGCGGGGCACAACUUUGGCGUCGUGACGGAGUUUGUGUUCCAGGCCUUCGAGCAAGGUGACAUGUGGGCUGGCGUACUGGCAUUCCCGCCAGCGCCUCCUAUCGUGGAGAAAGUAGUGGCUGUUGUCAAUGACCUUUUCGUCGGACCCAAAGAUGGAAAGGGCAAGACGAAGCUCGAGGGCCGCGGGAUGGGCGGCCUCGUCCUCACGCGCCCGCCCGAUGCCGGCGGUCGAGUGGUUCUCGCUGUGGCCGUCAUAUUCGACGGCACCGAGGAGGAAGGCAAGAAGGCGUUCAAGGCCCUGUACGACAUCGGCCCCGUCCAGGACACCAUGAAACAAGUGCCAUACCACAUCGCCAACCAGACGCUGCACGGGCCCCACGGCUACCGCGUCAGCAUGAAGGGCGCCGUGUUCCGCCUCCCGCUGCAGCCAGACUUCGUGAAGGAGAUCCUCGGGAUGUACAGCAAGUUCACAGACGAGAACCCGGACACGGCGGGCUCCAUGGUCCUCUACGAGCUGUUUGACCCCUACGUCAUGAACACCCGGGCCAGCAACGACGAGAUGAGCUUCGCCAACAGGGGCUGGCACAUGAACGCCAACAUCUGCCCGUACUGGACGAAGCCCGAGAACGAUGCUGUUGGCAGACAGUGGGCGCGAGACGUGUCGGCGACUUUCGACAAGUGGUUCGAGAAGGCGGGCCGAGCGCAAAGAGCUGGUGACUAUGGGACUGUGUUGGCCUAUGGCAAUUACGACCACUACGACUCAAAGGGGUCAGAUGAUCUGUUCGGCUUGAACUACCCUCGACUGCAGAAGCUGAAAGCUCAAUAUGAUCCGGGGAAUGUGUUCAACAAGCAUUUUGCCGUUACCCCAAAGUCUUAG